UAUCACUACUGAGACCAGAAUGGCAUGGUGGAAGGCCUGGAGUGAAGCAGAGGGCAAGUCCGUGACAGGUGCUUUAAACUUUGACCCCACACCUGAUGCUCAGACUCUGUACAAGGCCAUGAAAGGGCUUGGGACUGAUGAACAAGCUAUAAUUGAUGUCCUAACCAAGAGGAGCAAUAUGCAGCGUCAACAGAUUGCCAAAUCCUUCAAAGGACAGUUUGGAAAGGAUCUGAUUGAAAGCCUGAAGUCUGAACUGAGUGGCGACUUUGAGAGGCUCAUUGUAGCUCUCAUGUACUCCCCGUUCAAAUAUGAUGCCAAGGAGCUCCAUGAUGCCAUGAAGGGCGUAGGAACAAGUGAAGGUGUUAUCAUAGAGAUCCUGGCAUCCCGGACAAAAGCGCAGAUCAAAGAGAUAAUCAAGGCGUACAAAGAAGAAUACGGUUCUGAUCUGGAAGAAGACAUAAAAUCGGAAACAAGUGGCUACUUUGAACAGAUUCUGGUUUGCCUUCUUCAGGGUGAGAGGGACAAUGCCACUCUCUACGUGGACACAGCACUGGCUCUCCAGGAUGCAGAGACUCUCUAUGCUGCUGGGGAGAAGAUAAAGGGCACUGAUGAGAUACAGUUCAUCACCAUCUUGUGCACAAGGAGUGCCACACACUUGCUGAAAGUCUUUGAAGAAUACCAGAAACUGGCCGGUAAGAGCAUAGAAGACUCUAUCAAGAGUGAAACGCAUGGUUCACUUGAGGAUGCCAUGCUGGCUAUUGUGAAAUGCACCAGGAACGUCCAUUGCUACUUUGCAGAGAGGCUGUACUAUGCUUUAAAGGGGGCUGGCACCCGUGAUGGGACUCUUAUAAGGGUGAUCGUUUCUCGAAGUGAAGUUGACUUAAAUCUUAUAAAGGUGGAAUUCAAGCAUAUAGCAGGAAAGUCUCUCUCCAGUAUGAUUCUGGAUGACACCAGUGGCGAUUACAAGACAGCCUUGCUGAAUCUCUGUGGCAGUGACUGA